CAUGGCUGGGCGCCGAGGAACUGUCUGAUGUUUCCCAGGCUGCACUGAUGCUGCUCUGCCAGAAGAGAGAUGGGGAAAAGAUACUUCUGUGACUACUGUGACAGGUCCUUUCAGGACAACCUUCACAACAGGAAGAAACACCUCAAUGGAGUGCAGCAUCUCAGGGCUAAGAGAGUCUGGUACGACUCAUUCCGAGAUGCUGCCGCUAUCCUGCAAGAGGAGCAAACCAAGAAACCGUGUCGGAAGUUUCUGCAAACAGGACAGUGUGAUUUUGGGUCCAACUGCAGAUUUUCCCACAUGACAGAGCAGGACCUAGAGAAGCUGAGUGCCCAGGUUCAAGGGGAGCAAAGGUUGAAGGAGCUGCGGCAGGAGGGAGCAGAUGUCCCGCCUGGCACCAUUGAGGACUGGCUGGAGAAGAGAGCAAAGAGACUGAGCGCGGCUCAGAGUAACAGUGCUCUGCCUGAGAAACCAGCGCCUUUCCAGUACCCGCCGGGCUGGCCACCAGUGCAGGAUCUGCCCCCGUCCCUGCAGGCCCCCCCACCUGGGGGGUGGCCAGUCCCCCCCAACCUGCAGUGGGGCUGAGGCACAGGGACCCCCGCAGAGGUUGUGCUGGAGAUGGACUGCUUCCUCACCUGCUCUAAGAAAGGGACAGAAUUAUUUAUAUACACUUUUAUAUCAAUAAAAGCCUU